AUGUCCGAAAUAGUUCAGGCACUUGUUAUUGAUAUUGGAUCUGGAGUAGUGAAGUCUGGGUUUGCCGGAGACGACGCACCUAGGGCUGUAUUUCCUAGCAUAGUGGGGUUUCCCAAGCACAAGGGAGUGAUGGUUGGAAUGGGACAGAAAGAUGCAUAUGUGGGGGAUGAGGCACAAACCAAGAGAGGAAUUCUGCACAUAAAGUAUCCGAUUGAGCAUGGAAUUGUAAACAACUGGGACGACAUGGAGAAGAUAUGGCACCACACAUUCUACAACGAGCUGAGGGUUGCGCCUGAGGAGCAUCCUGUGCUUCUUACGGAAGCGCCACUUAACCCAAAGGCCAACAGGGAAAAGAUAACUCAGAUUAUGUUUGAGACCUUCAAUGUGCCAUCAUUCUACAUUUCGAUCCAGGCAGUGCUGUCUCUCUAUGCAAGUGGGAGGACGACAGGGAUAGUGUUUGACUCUGGUGACGGGGUGUCUCAUGUUGUUCCGAUCUACGAGGGAUACUCCCUUCCAUACGCAAUCAACAGGAUUGACCUUGCCGGAAGGGAUCUGACCGACUAUCUUCAGCUGAUUCUUACCGAGAGUGGAAACUCGUUCACCACUACUGCCGAAAGAGAGAUAGUCAGGGACAUCAAGGAAAAGCUCUGCUAUGUAUCGCUGAACUAUGAGGAAGACAUGAGAAACACCGAGCAUCUGGCUUCGAUCACAAAGACUUAUGAAAUGCCUGAUGGACAGGUGAUUUCGAUAGGUAAUGAGAGAUUCAGGGCACCUGAGCUGCUAUUCCAGCCAAAGCUCCGGGGUCUUGAGCUGAAGGGAAUCCAUCAGAACAUCUAUGACUCGAUCAUGAAGUGCGACGUUGAUAUCAGGAAGGAGCUCUACGGAAACAUUGUUCUCUCUGGAGGUACCACGAUGUAUCCCGGAUUGGCCGAGAGGAUUCUUAAUGAGAUUAAGGCUCUGGCACCUCCAGUGAUCAAGAUUGGAGUGGUUGCGCCGCCGGAGAGGAAGUACAGCGUGUGGAUUGGAGGGUCCAUCCUGGCCUCUCUCUCAACCUUCCAGCAGAUGUGGGUUUCCAAGGCUGAGUACCAGGAGCACGGGCCAUCGAUUGUUCACAGAAAGUGCUUCUAA